GUUCCUUCCCAGACUGACCUGACCUGGAUAGCCACCAUGCACAACAGCACUGCCGAAAUUCCGCACGCGGCUGCGACGUGUAACGAGACUUGGCCCACCCAGCCUCCAAGCUCCAAGUUCUCCCUGGGUGUGUUGGUGCUGCUGGCUUUCCUCAUGGUGCUGCUGUGUCUGGUGACCAUCCUUGGAAACAUGCUGGUGAUCCUUGCUUUCAUUAUGGACAGAAACCUCAGGCAUCGGAGUAACUAUUUCUUUCUGAAUCUUGCUGUUUCUGACUUUGCAGUGGGUGCGUUCUGUAUGCCGUUGUACAUCCCUUACGCCCUGACAGGGACAUGGCACUUGGGAAGGAGCCUGUGCAAGCUCUGGCUGGUCAUGGACUAUCUCGUGUGCACAGCUUCAGUGUUUAACAUCGUCCUUAUCAGCUAUGACCGUUUCCUGUCAGUUACAAAAGCUGUAUCUUACAGAGCCCAGCAGGGAAUACUGUCCAGCUCUGCCAUCAAGAUGGUGGCCAUCUGGGUCUUAGCAUUUCUCCUGUACUGCCCAGCCAUCCUGCUUUGGGAGCACGUGGCCGGACGCAGCGUGGUAGAGGUGGAUCAGUGCUAUGCUGAGUUCUUUGACAACUGGUACUUCCUCCUGUGUGCUUCCACCCUGGAGUUCUUUGUGCCGCUGCUCUUGGUGACCUACUUCAACGUGCACAUCUUCCACAACAUCCAGAGGCGCCAGCGGCGUGGCAGCGUGCAGGACUGCGAGCCUCCAAGGAGCAGCAGCCUGUCCUGGAGGUUUUGUGGCUUGCCGAGGCCAGGGGCAUCAUCUCCUUCAUCAGAAGCAGAGGACAGUGUUUCAUCACUAACGAGGUCAUGGAGACCAGCAGUGGUGGCUAAUGGUCCAUUUCGAACAGAAACAAGUUCUACGGCUUUCAAAAGGAACUUUUCUGCUUCUUUCUCUUCAAGGAUUGGAUCAAAACUGCAGCAGGACAAGAAAAUAGCGAAGUCUCUUGCCAUAAUUGUCUGUGUGUUUGCCAUUUGCUGGGCCCCAUACUCUUUAUUAAUGAUUAUCCGUGGGGCCUGCCGAGAAAAGUGUAUCCAUAACUCCCUCUACGAAGCAACCUUUUGGCUUUUGUGGAUCAAUUCUUCUUUGAACCCAUUUCUUUAUCCUCUCUGUCAUAUGAGGUUUCGAAUGGCUUUUCUGAAGAUAUUAUGUCACAAAAAGUUUGCAAAAUUGAGAUCUGGUAACAUGCCUUCUAUUAGAGAGGUAAAAGAAAUGUCAUACAGAUAAGGUUCCUCUGUUAUUUAGUGAUACCUUUUCAUAUGUAUGGUCGGCAUGAAUAGAGAAAAAACCAUUUGGUUACUAAUGACAUUUUUAAAAGAUUGUAAAAAUAC